UUAUUGUACAAACUGCUAGUCUCUGCUGUUCUUUUACUCUCUCUUGUGUUCUGCCGUCUCGUUUGUUUUUUGCUCUGCUUACUGGUUCUGUAAUUUGUACUCUACCUGCUGUCUGGUUUGCUCUUGGUUGUGCUUACUGUAUUUUGAGUUAGGUUUAAUCUUUCUUUUUUUGUGUUUGGUUGUUAGAAUUUGAACAUGUAUGAUAUUAUCUAAUUGUUAUUGCAUUAUGUUAUUGUUGUGACAUGUAUUGGUAUUUGAAAAUAUGCUUAUUUUAACAUAGUAUGAAACCCCUUCUCCGAUUCCGAUUAAAUUUUACGGUUUCACUACCAUGCCUCCUCCCCUGACAUUUUAAGCAAAAUUCAAGCAAUUCCUACAUAUUGUUGGGAGAGGGGACUUAUAUCAUCAUGUUAUUGGGUAAAUUAUGCCUGAAGCAGUGAAGCCUCAAACUUUUUUCACAACGAGUAUAAGAAUUAACGGCUACUCAUGUUGUGAGUUGGUUUGCCUUCGGUUAAUAUUGGAGUGGGAAUCAAACUUAACUUUUCCUUAGCAAUCUGAGCAGGAGAGGAGAUUUGUGAAAGAGAGCCAGCGAAUGGGGGAUUGCAUGGAAGCAACUCUCUCUUCAGAACUUCUCGAUCUAGAUAUCAUUAGCAGUCGGUUAAGGAAGCUCACGGACAUUCAAACUAUCUACAAUGAAGAUUUAUCAGAAAUUCCCCCUUCGGAGUCUGAAAAUUUACUGCGAGACUGUGCUCUCCAUCUCGAGAACAAAGUGGAGCAGAUUAUGUCAGAACUCUCUGAUGUGAGUUUGUUGGGUAUUCAAGACUUGGAUACACUCACAGAGCACUUGAAAGAAGAACUUAGUGCAACAGAGGCUGAAAGUGCUAAAAUAUGUGACCAAAUUGAGGCUUUGACAAACACUCAUGUCAAAGAUUGUAGUCAGCUGGAGAGUGAUCUUGAAGCUUUGAAAUAUUCGUUGGAUUUUAUUAAAUCACAGAGUCUGGAGAAAGUAAAAGACGAUGCACAUGUUAUUAGCUCUACAGAAGGGGAGGAUCAAUUGGAUUUGAUAAGUAUUCAUAGAGACCAAAGAUUUGAGAUUUUGGAUCUUGAAAACCAGUUUGAGAAAAGCAAAAACAUUUUGAGGUCUUUAGAGGAUCUUGAUUUCGAAAUUAAAAGGGUUGGUGCCAUUGGACAGAUUGAGGAUGCAUUGACAGGUCUAAAGGUCAUUGACUUUGAUGGAACCAGCAUUAGGUUGUCACUGCAAACAUACCUUCCAAAAACGGAAUUCUUAAGCCAGCAAAGUGUGGAAGAUAUUUCUGAACCAUUUGAUGUAAAUCAUGAAUUACUGCUUGAAAUCCUGGACGGGACAAUGGAUAUAAAGACAGUUGAGAUAUUUCCGAAUGAUGUAUACAUUGGAGAUAUUGUCGAUGCUGCAAAAUCUUUCAGGCAGUUGUUCUGCCCAUUGGUGGCACUGGAAACAAGAUCGUCAUUGGCAUGGUUUAUGAGAAAAGUGCAAGACAGAAUUAUAUUGUGCACUUUGAGACAAUUGGUGGUGAAGAGUGCAAAUAAAUCAAGGCACUCCUUUGAGUACCUGGAUAGAGAUGAGACUAUAGUUGCUCAUUUGGUUGUGGGAGUUGAUGCAUUCAUAAAGGUUUCGCAAGGUUGGCCUUUGUCAGAUUCUGCACUGAAGUUGGUUUCUCUGAAGAGCACAAAUCAUCAUUCAAAGGAUGUUUCUUUAAGCUUUCCUUGCAAGGUUGAGGAAGCAGCAAAUUCCUUGGAUGUACAAAUGUGGCACAGUUUAUCAAGCUUUGUGGAUGCUCUUGAAAAGGUACUUGUGGAGCAAAAGCAUUUGGAAAAUCAUUCUGACGAUAACCUUCGAGUAUGAUUGCUCCUAAUAGUCUUGUAUACUAUUGGCAAUCACGAAACGCUCUGUAUAUUUACACCGAGAAAUCGUUGUUUGAAUGUGUCAAUUUAUGUUAGUCUUGUAUGCUUUGCUCCCAUUUACUGCACGAGGUCUAUGACUAUUUUGUGCAUAAUGAAUUUUUUUCCAUUUUGAGUGUUGAUCAAAAGCUAUUUGAUGUUGCUUGAAGUAGAUA